GUCCUUAUGUCUCCUCUCAGCCACCAGCAAAUGUCGCAUAGCUUGCAACUGGAUCAGGGGUCAGUGCAAAGAGAAGAUUUACUACCCUUUCAGGACCAAGUACAUACCAUGGCUUGUUUUGGAGAAGGACCGGCUCUGGGUCAGCAAGGGGAAGUGCAUUCAGGCAUUCUGGAGGAAGCAGAAUGGACUGGUGCAGGCACCAUACAUUUCCCUGAUGGGGCACACUGAUGAUGUUUGUCGCUUUGUGAGUGCAAAUGACUUGAUUGUCAGUGGGGGAAGGUAACGUAUACAAGACAGACUUUUGGAUAUUAAAAUAUAGCCACUUUAAUAAAUGCAGUCACAGAAACAAAUAGCCGGAGAAUUUAAAUCUUGGCUGUAUGCUGGACAUUUAAAGUUUCUUACCACCACAG